CUCCUGCUUAACUUUAGUAUCUGACUCGAUUGAACACUCUACGACUUCGCAAUAAAAUAUUUGCGCAGUAUCAAAUUCUCUAAUGGCAGCAGACUCACAAGUUGAUGAUUUCUAUUCUUCCUUCGAGCCCUAUGGUUCUGAAUUCACAAAGCAAGGUGGUGGCCUUGACUUUACUUCAUUUCACUCGCCUUCAGACAUCCUCGCACCCCAUCCCGAUCUAUUCGAAUUAGAACUGGAUUCAAGCCUUGCGGCUUUCAACGAAGUCCAGCUGCAGCUCCUCACCGUAGACUCCAACGACGCUUACUCCUUUUUGAGAUCCGAUACUCCAACGUGUGGUCCUCCUUCCACGAUCACCGUUUCUUCCGAGUCUGCAUACGACACUCUUUCCACCCACUCAGAGUCCCUCUAUAACUACCCGGAUUCUCCUUCCUUUUCUGCCAAUUGCUCCUUUCCUCUAGACUUAGAGAUGGAUUUCCAGCGUGUUCGCGUCGGUGGUAGCGCUUGCUCCGACUAUGGUAUUAAUUCCGCUGCGCAGUCCAACAAUAAUUCUCUUCCCAUGACUGUCGACCCCAGCACUUUUGGGGCCUUGCCCCUCAGCCCCCGCAGUCCUUCUGUGACUGCGCCUGCUGCAGACAAUUCCUAUAAGCGCACAAGCUUCUCAGACUAUGGUGGCGCAACUCGCAUUCCUGCGGUACCAAAGUCCUCAACCGCAGAGUAUUUCCUCAACUAUAUUUCCAGCAGUGACCCCGCUGUCGCGCCAUCCAACAUGUCGCAACUAUCCGCAUCAUCUUCCCCUCCACCUCUUGCAAGGUCACUUAGGGGUGUCGACGAUCAGUCCAAAGACGAUCCUCGUAAAAGGUACCAAUGCCCUUCAUGCCCCCGAGCAUUUGCACGGGCUUACAACUUGAAGACGCACAUGGCAACCCAUGACCCAAAUCGUCUCAAACCCCAUGUGUGCCCUCACCGCUCGUGUGGGCGGUCUUUUAGCCGCAAACAUGAUCUUGGCCGUCACUUGGUCAGCAUUCAUCGUGAUGAGUCCGUGGCUUCCACGCCGUCCGCGGCAAUCAAGUCUAUAGGUGUCGACAGCGGUCACAGGAGUUGGUGUGAGAGCUGCGGCAAAGGAACAGUCGGUGCCUCGACCCAGUGCUUGUGCGCCGACAUCAAAUAGUUGCAGAUUCUGUUGUCCUGUUUAACACUAUGCGUGCGUAUUGUUUUGAAUUGCGCUUCCUGUAUUGAUCCACGCGCUGUUCAUAGCAUGGGCGAGUAUUUUUCGCCACUCGCUUCGUCGUAGUCGAUGGUCGAUUCGUCCACUGCGCGCUUCUGAAGACGUAUCAUUCCGCUAUCUACGCUAUUUCCGUUCCUGACGUGUUGCGUAUCGUACCGCUCAGCCAUAGUUGCUGAGCCCAGUGACGAACGUGAUCUCGGGCUGCCUCCCUCAUUUAUGCUUACCUUCGUCCACUACGGACCGGUAAUAUUAUAUUUCGUUCGGAUACUUUAUUUGUGUUAACUCCUAUAUGACGAUGCUUUGAUUUUCCGUAACGUAAACAAACGAUCACUUCUUAAAACCACUUCCUUAUAUCUUGGAAGACCUUCGUUAUUUAUGUACCCAGUGCAGCAGAAAAAUACUACCAUUUAUGCAUUUGUGAGUGUGUCAGAACU